UUCUCGUUCUCAGACUGGUUCAGUUGUUCGGUUUGUAGCUGACAGACGUGACUGAGUUUGCUGCUUCGCUGGCCGACAACUGUGGUUGGAGCCAUGGGGAUUCUCAUAAGCUGGCUGCUUUUGUCCUUGCUAGUUGUUGGAAGACAUCAAGCCGAUGCUUUGAGUUUUGGAUCUGCUGGAAAGUAUGGAGACAACGAGUUCCCUGUUGAAAGCUAUGAGCCAAAUUCAGCUGGCUUUGGCACCGAAUAUGGAUCUUCAUGGAGCACGGGGCCGUUUGGUGAUGGUUUGACCUCAAAUGCAGUUAAGCCGCAGGUAGAGUCUGGAUAUCAACCCCAGCAGCCCCCGGUUGCCCAGCCACCGCAGCAGCCCAGCGUGCCUAGCUACCCGCCCCAGCAGCAGCCCAGCGUGCCUAGCUACCCGCCCCAGCAGCAGCCCAGCGUGCCUAGCUACCCGCCCCAGCAGCAGCCCAGCGUGCCUAGCUACCCGCCCCAGCAGCAGCCCAGCGUGCCUAGCUACCCGCCCCAGCAGCAGCCCAGCGUGCCUAGCUACCCGCCCCAGCAGCAGCCCAGCGUGCCUAGCUACCCGCCCCAGCAGCAGCCCAGCGUGCCUAGCUACCCGCCCCAGCAGCAGCCCAGCGUGCCUAGCUACCCGCCCCAGCAGCAGCCCAGCGUGCCUAGCUACCCGCCCCAGCAGCAGCCCAGCGUGCCUAGCUACCCGCCCCAGCAGCAGCCCAGCGUGCCUAGCUACCCGCCCCAGCAGCAGCCCAGCGUGCCUAGCUACCCGCCCCAGCAGCAGCCCAGCGUGCCCAGCUACCCGCCCCAGCGGCCUCGGCCCCAGCAGCCCCAGCAGCCCAAGGUGCCCAGCUACCCGCCCCAGCAGCUGCGCUACAUGCCCAAGCAGCCUCGGCCCCAGCAGCCCAAGGUGCCCAGCUACCCGCCCCAGCAGCCUCGGCCCCAGCAGCAUGGCUACAAAAAGCAUCCAACUUCUCGAGGAGUUGCUCCUCAAACGGAUUCAAACAGGUUCAGCCUUGGGUAUCAGUCUGAACGUGUCAAUCAACAUGAGUCAAAUCCAGACCAGCCAUGGGCAGGGUACAGCAACACCAGGAGUCCCUCAAAGACUGCUUUCAACUGAGCCAUUGUAUUGACUUGUAAAAUAAAACAACCUUGUACAUCUCCA